AUGUCGCGACACAUAGUAACCGUUUGCAUGUUCUGCCUGCUAUGCGCAGCGCACUCAUGCGGCUCACACAUAGACAUACAAAACGACGGAGUACUUACAUACGAUGCUAAUAUUAAUGAUGUCGACCACUUAAAUAUAGACUUAGAAGAGAAAAGAAAACUACCAUCGUCGAGAUAUCAUCAGAAGUUACAGAAGAUUAGACAAGGGAAGGCCAAGAGAGAGAUCAAAGUGAAUCCAGAUACGUAUGUGACGCAGAUUUUUAGAUUAUACGGUGACGCUGGUAGUAUGACGAUGAAUUUGACUGGGUUCAACAAGAUGCUAGAAGAAUUAGAUCUACAUAAAUUAGUUGAGGGCGGAGAGAGAAGUGAGAGCCGAGGAUACUUCCACGGACAGAAUGGAAAAGAGGAUGUUGUUAAUUGUAUGAAUAGCUCCGACCUAAUCACAACAGUGAACACGCGGUUAAAACCCGCACACGACCACUCACACCCACACUCACACACAGAACACGGCGACCACGACCACGAGUCGGACGCCAUCAUCACAGAAACCACACUACAGACUAUAUGUCCCAUACUCCUAUACCAAAAACUAGCCAAUACCUCCAUAGAACGCACAGGAUGCAUAAAAGAAACCAGCAUAGGAAGAAGAACUGACGUCACAAUAAAACACGUACCAGAAGAAAGUGCAUACCAUAAAAAUAUGUACGCUGUCUGGCUAUAUUCAUCCUUAUGUAUACUAGCAAUAAGUGCCUGUGGUCUUUUAGGAGUAGCUGUCAUACCAAUCAUGCAUAAAACUUAUUACAAUCAUCUCCUACAGUUCUUAGUGGCAUUGGCAGUUGGUACACUAUGUGGAGAUGCCUUACUGCAUCUAAUGCCUCAUGCCAUGAGUCCAGCUCAUGACCAUGGAGCUCAUGGAGAGACAGAGUUAGAAGUACGAGCCUCGCAUGACGAUGGCAUGUGGAAGGGACUCGCAGCUAUGUUAGGAGUAGUCUUCUUCUACUUUACCGAAAAGGGGCUAACAGUUGUAGUUGAAUGGAGAAAACGCCGCCAAAAGUUGGAAGAGGACAAACUCCCGACUAGGGUGCGAGUUCUUAAAGAUGAGACAGUAGGAGGAUGUUCAGGAGGUUCCAAAGCCGUAAUAACGAACUCCACAUCAAAUUCUUUAAUGAAAAUCUUUAAGAGAGACGAGAAGGGUGACCCUACAACGAAGACUUGUAAGCACAAAUAUUCGGAGUACCCUUAUUGUUAUGACGAGAUCGACACGGACACUCAUGAUGAUCACCACUUAAGAGACGGUAUACCUUCAAGUCCAAAGCAUGGAAAGAAGCAUAAUAACUCCGUUAGUGUGGUGUCUUCGAAUGCUCUCAAUGCUGAAGGUAAGGAGGAACCGACAGCUAAGGACUGGCUGCUGAAGGGUGAGACGACUCCUGCAGUGGUGGAAAUGAACAAUAUCAAGCAUAAAGAGGACGGUUCCAAGGAUCUCAAGGAUGGGGAUAGUUAUACUGUUAUUUUGAGAGAGCAUUCACGAGCGCACCACGGACACUCCCACGCUCACGGCCACGUGCACGCCCCUCCCUCGUCCAUCGCCUCCGUAGCCUGGAUGGUCAUCAUGGGAGAUGGGCUUCAUAACUUCACGGACGGCAUGGCUAUUGGUGCCGCGUUCGCGUCCAACAUAGCUGGUGGCUUCUCAACAGCUAUAGCGGUGCUGUGCCACGAACUGCCUCAUGAAUUGGGAGACUUCGCAGUCCUCCUAAAAGCAGGUAUGUCAGUACGUCGCGCAGUUGCCUACAACGUGCUGUCGUCGGGUCUGUGCCUGCUGGGCAUGGUGUGUGGGGUCCUGGCUGGCCAUGCACCGUCCGCCACUCGCUGGCUGUUCGCAGCCGCCGCCGGCAUGUUCCUGUACAUCGCUCUUGUUGAUAUGAUGCCAGAGCUAAGUACAUCGCACAGCAAAGAAGGGACUCUCUGCCAGUGCAUCCUGCAACUUAUGGGGCUUGCAACAGGCAUCGGCAUCAUGCUGGUCAUAGCCCUCUACGAAGAAGACCUAAAGACAUUGUUCGGCUAA